CACAUACACCUCGCAAUCCUGCUGAAAGCAGGGAGAAGGGAGGCAGCCUGGGCUCAUUUAGCAGACGAAUUCCCAUUGACAUUUGUAAAUUACGCAGCUCGAUUGCAGACUUGCUGCUGCUGCUGAUUUACUGAGUGUGCAGCCAAGCAACCCAGGCAGAGGAGGACGCUUCAAUCCGGCUACAACAAUGUCUGAGUUUCUUUUAGCCUUAGUAGCGAUCUCAGGAUUAUUUCCUGUUGCUAAGGUGCUGGCAGUGGGAGCCGAUCGAGAAGAACAACUGUGUGACAUAGGAGAGUUUCUUUGCGAUGAUCGCGUGACUUGUGUGUCUCAAAAUUGGCUAUGUGAUGGAGAACCCGACUGUCCAGAUGAUUCAGAUGAGUCUUUAGAUGCCUGUCCUGAGGAAGUAGAAUUCAAGUGUCCCCUGAAUCAUAUUACUUGCAUUGGUACAAACAGAUGUAUUCACUUGUCCCAGCUCUGCAAUGGUGUAUAUGACUGUUCAGAUGGGUAUGAUGAAGGAGUACAUUGUCGGGAAUUAUUACCCAAAUGCCAACAGAUGAAUUGCCAAUACAAAUGUAGUAUUUCAAGGAAUGGCACCGGCUGUUACUGUGAGGAUGGAUAUGAAGUAGGCGAUGAUGGAAGAAACUGCAACGAUUUAGAUGAAUGUAAUGUGUAUGGGACCUGUAGCCAAACCUGUAUAAAUACAGAUGGAUCAUAUGCAUGUAGUUGUGUGGAGGGUUAUGUACUUCAGCCUGACAACAGAUCUUGCAAGGCCAAAAAUGAGCCCAGUGAUAGACCUCCAAUUCUUCUGAUUGCAAGCUCUGAAACUAUUGAAGUAUUAUAUCUUAAUGGAAGUAAAGUUUCUACUCCAAACUCAAUGAAAGGAAAUGGAAUUAAUACACUGGAUUUUAUAUACAAUAAGGACACAAUUUGUUGGAUUGAAUCGAGAGAAUCUUCAAGUCAGCUGAAAUGUACCAAGAUAUCAAAAUCUUGGAGAUUAACAGAUGAAUGGAUAAUAAAUGUUGCUCAGUACCUUCACAAUGUACAACAAAUGGCAAUUGACUGGCUCACUGGAAAUUUUUAUUUUGUGGAUCAUGUCAGUGACAGAAUCUUUGUGUGUAAUCACAAUGGAACUGUGUGCAUUACCCUGAUUGAUCUUGAUCUUCAAAACCCUAAGGCAAUAGCUGUUGAUCCAACAUCAGGAAAACUUUUCUUUACCGACUAUGGGAAUGUGGCCAAAAUUGAAAGAUGUGACAUGGAUGGGAUGAAUAGAACAAGGAUAGUAGAGUCUAAAAUUGAGCAGCCAACUGCUGUUGCACUAGAUCUGGUCAAUAAAUAUGUUUACUGGAUAGACAUAUAUCUGGACUACAUAGAAGUUGUUGACUAUCAAGGAAGAAACAGGCAUACAAUAAUUCAAGGCCGACAAGUUAGGCAUCUUUACAGUUUAACAGUAUUUGAAAAUUAUCUAUAUGCAACUAAUUCAGAUAAUUUCAGCAUCUUACAAAUAAACAGAUACAAUCGCACAGAUGUUCAGUCACUGAUUAGACUUGAAAAUGCAAGAGAGAUCCAUGUCUAUCAGAAAAGAAUGCAGCCAUCAGUCAGAAGCCAUGCAUGUGAAGUAGACCCAUAUGGAAUGCCAGGGGGGUGUUUGCACAUCUGUCUGCUCAGCAGCAACUACAAAACAUGGACUUGUCGCUGCAGGACUGGCUUCGUCUUGGGAAAUGAUGGCAGGUCAUGCAAAAGACCAAAGAAUGAGUUGUUCCUGUUUUAUGGGAAGGGGCGCCCGGGAAUCAUACGAGGAAUGGACCUGAAUUCCAAAGUUGCUGAUGAAUAUAUGAUCCCCAUAGAAAACCUGGUCAACCCUCGUGCUCUGGACUUCCAUGCUGAGACCAAUUACAUCUACUUCGCUGACACGACAAGCUUCUUGAUUGGGCGACAGAAAAUUGAUGGCACAGAGCGUGAGACAAUCUUGAAAGAUGAUCUUGAUAAUGUUGAAGGUAUAGCCGUGGACUGGAUUGGAAAUAAUUUGUACUGGACAAAUGAUGGCCACAGGAAAACAAUUACUGUAGCCAGAUUGGAGAAAGCCUCUCAAAGUCGAAAAAUUUUGUUAGAGGGAGAUAUGUCUCAUCCGAGAGGAAUUGUCGUUGAUCCUGUCAAUGGCUGGAUGUAUUGGACGGACUGGGAGGAAGAUGAAAUAGAUGACAGUGUGGGAAGAAUCGAGAAGGCAUGGAUGGAUGGCUACAGCCGGCAGAUUUUUGUGACAUCAAAGAUGCUGUGGCCAAAUGGUUUAACUCUGGACUAUCAUACAAAUGUAUUGUACUGGUGUGAUGCCUAUUAUGAUCACAUUGAAAGAAUAUUUUUGAAUGGAACUGACAGAAAGGUAGUCUACAAUGGGAAGGAGCUGAAUCAUCCUUUUGGGCUAUCACAUCAUGGAAAUUAUAUUUUCUGGACAGAUUAUAUGAAUGGCUCUAUUUUUCAGUUGGAUCUGAUGAUGAGGAAUGUGACGCUACUAAGAAGUGAGAGACCACCUCUCUUUGGGCUUCAGAUUUAUGAUCGCUACAAGCAGCAAGGUGACAAUGCAUGUCGUGUUAAUAAUGGAGGCUGCAGCACUCUUUGUUUAGCCAUUCCUGGAGGCAGAGUUUGUGCCUGUGCUGAUCAUCAGCUCCUAGAAGAAAACAGUACAAUGUGCAUGAUUAAUCCUGGAGAAGCGUUACCUCAGUUGUGCAAACCUGGAGAAUUUCAGUGUAACAACAAGCGCUGUAUCCAGGAUCGCUGGAGGUGUGAUGGAGAUGAUGAUUGUUUGGAUGCCAGUGAUGAGCAUUCAGAAAUUUGCUUCAAUCAUAGCUGUCCUGAUGAUCAAUUUAAGUGCCAGAAUAACCGCUGCAUCCCCAAGAGGUGGCUUUGCGAUGGAGCUAAUGAUUGUGGAAAUAAUGAAGAUGAAUCAAAUGAAACCUGUGCAGCAAGAACAUGUCAAGUUGAUCAGUUUUCUUGUGGGAAUGGACGUUGUAUUCCAAAAUCGUGGUUGUGUGAUAGGGAGGAUGACUGUGGUGAUGAAACAGAUGAAAUGGCAUCAUGUGAAUUCCCAACCUGUGAACCAGUAACUCAAUUUAUAUGCAAAAAUGGAAGAUGUGUUAGCAGUAAAUGGCACUGUGACUCAGAUGACGACUGUGGCGAUGGGAGUGAUGAGUUGGGUUGUGUUCACUCAUGCUCCAGUAACCAGUUCAGAUGCUCCAAUGGCAGAUGUAUACCAAGUCAUUGGGCUUGUGAUGGUGACAAUGACUGUGGAGACUUCAGUGAUGAAACCAAAACAAACUGCACCAAAGAAGAAACUCCUUCUCCUGGAGGAUGCAAUGAGAAAGAAUUUCAGUGUAACCCUGAUGGGAAUUGUGUUCCUGUGUUGUGGCGCUGCGAUGGAGAAAAGGAUUGUGAAGAUGGCAGCGAUGAAAAGGGCUGUAAUGGAACUAUACGCUUGUGUGAUGAGAGAACCAAGUUUUCCUGCAAGAAUACAGGGAGAUGCAUUAGCAAAGCGUGGCUAUGUGAUGGAGAUAUUGAUUGUGAUGAUCAGUCUGAUGAGGAUAAUUGCGAGAGCUAUAUGUGUGGACCACCAAAAUAUCCUUGUGCUAAUGAUACCUCCAUCUGCCUACAGCCUGAGAAGCUCUGUAAUGGGAGAAGAGAUUGUCCUGAUGGAUCUGAUGAAGGCGACCUUUGUGAUGAAUGUUCACUUAACAAUGGUGGAUGUAGCCACCAGUGUUCUGUAGUUCCUGGAAGAAGAAUUGUGUGCUUCUGCCCUCCAGGACUUUAUCUAAAUCCAGACAACAAAACCUGUGAAAUUGUGGAUUACUGUACCAAGCAUCUUAAGUGUAGUCAAGUGUGUGAACAGCACAAACAUAGUGUCAAGUGCUCCUGUUAUGAAGGCUGGAAGAUCAAUAAUGAUGGUGAAAGUUGCACUAGUAUUGAUCCAUUUGAAGCUUUCAUCAUUUUUUCCAUUCGUCACGAGAUCAGAAAGAUUGAUCUUCACAAGCGAGACUAUAGUCUCUUAGUUCCUGGUUUAAGAAACACAAUAGCACUUGAUUUUCAUUUCAAUCAAAGCUUACUGUACUGGACAGAUGUGGUGGAAGAUAAAAUUUACCGAGGCAAGCUUUCUGAAACUGGAGGUGUGAGUGCCAUUGAAGUCGUAGUGCAGCAUGGCCUGGCCACUCCUGAGGGUCUUACAGUAGACUGGAUUGCAGGAAACAUAUACUGGAUAGACAGCAAUUUGGAUCAGAUUGAAGUAGCAAAAUUAGAUGGCACUUUAAGAACAACAUUAAUAGCAGGCGCUAUGGAGCAUCCCAGGGCUAUUGCCUUAGAUCCUAGAUAUGGAAUUCUGUUUUGGACAGACUGGGAUGCUAAUUUUCCUCGCAUUGAGUCUGCUUCCAUGAGUGGGGCAGGAAGAAAAAUCAUCUAUAAAGACAUGGAUACCGGAGCCUGGCCUAAUGGUCUUACUGUUGAUCACUUUGAAAAAAGAAUAGUAUGGACAGAUGCUAGGUCUGAUGCAAUUUAUUCUGCAUUAUACGAUGGAACUGGAAUGAUAGAGAUCAUACGGGGUCAUGAAUAUCUUUCCCACCCCUUUGCUGUCUCUUUGUAUGGAAGUGAAGUGUAUUGGACUGACUGGAGGACCAAUACAUUGUCAAAAGCCAAUAAAUGGACAGGGCAAAAUGUUAGUGUGAUACAGAAAACCAGUGCACAGCCUUUUGACCUUCAAAUAUACCAUCCAAGUCGUCAACCACAAGCUCCUAAUCCUUGUGCUGCUAACAAUGGCAGAGGUCCAUGUUCUCAUAUGUGUCUGAUCAGUCACAAUAGAAGUGCUGCAUGUGCAUGUCCUCAUCUGAUGAAACUGUCCAUAGACAAGAAAACAUGUUAUGAAAUGAAGAAAUUUCUUCUUUAUGCAAGACGGUCAGAAAUAAGAGGUGUGGCUAUAGAGAAUCCUUACUUCAACUUCAUCACUGCCUUCACUGUCCCUGACAUUGAUGAUGUCACUGUCAUAGAUUUUGAUGCAGCAGAGGAACGCUUGUACUGGACUGAUGUAAAAACGCAAACCAUCAAGCGUGCUUUUAUUAAUGGGACUGGAUUGGAAACAGUUAUCUCAAGAGAUAUUCAGAGUAUUAGAGGCCUUGCAGUGGACUGGGUGUCACGAAAUUUGUACUGGAUUAGUUCGGAGUUUGAUGAAACUCAGAUUAAUGUGGCACAUUUAGAUGGUUCUUUGAAAACCUCAAUCAUCCAUGGAAUCGAUAAACCCCAGUGUCUUGCAGUUCACCCUGUCAGGGGGAAGCUUUACUGGACUGAUGGGAACACAAUUAAUAUGGCAAACAUGGAUGGCAGUAACAACAAAAUACUCUUUCAGAAUCAAAAAGACCCAGUUGGUCUAUCGAUAGAUUAUCUGGAGAACAAGCUUUAUUGGAUCAGUUCAGGAAAUGGAACCAUAAAUAGAUGCAACCUGGAUGGUAGUGAUUUAGAAAUAAUAGAGUCAAUGAAAGAAGAAUUAACAAAAGCCACAGCUUUAACCAUCAUGGAUAAAAAACUCUGGUGGGCAGACCACAACUUAGCUCAGCUGGGUACCUGCAACAAAAGAGAUGGAAGAACCCCCAUUGUCCUGCGAAACAAGACUUCAGGGGUUGUACAUAUGAAAGUGUAUGAUAAAGCAGCACAGCAAGGUAGCAAUUCCUGUCAACUAAACAAUGGUGGGUGUUCCCAGCUUUGCUUACCAACAUCAGAAACUACCAGAACGUGCAUGUGUACAGUGGGUUAUAACCUCCGAAAAAAUCGUAUGUCAUGUCAAGGUAUUGAGUCAUUUCUCAUGUAUUCUGUUCAUGAAGGAAUUAGAGGAAUUCCUCUGGAUCCAAAUGACAAAACAGAUGCUUUAAUGCCCAUAUCUGGAACUUCAUUUGCUGUGGGUAUAGAUUUCCAUGGAGGAAAUGACACAAUUUACUGGACUGACAUGGGUUUCAACAAAAUUAGCAGAGCUAGACGAGACCAGACCUGGAAAGAAGACAUAAUUUCAAAUGGCUUGGGAAGGGUUGAAGGCAUAGCAGUGGACUGGAUAGCGGGUAACAUAUAUUGGACAGAUCAUGGCUUCAACUUAAUUGAAGUUGCUAGACUCAAUGGCUCAUUCCGAUACGUAAUUAUAUCCCAGGGUCUGGACCAGCCAAGAUCCAUAGCAGUGCACCCAGAAAAAGGGUAUUUGUUCUGGACAGAAUGGGGACAGACUCCCUGCAUAGGCAGGGCACGGUUAGAUGGGUCUGAGAAGCUUGUGCUUGUGAGCUUGGGGAUUGCCUGGCCUAAUGGAAUCUCCGUUGACUAUGAGGAAAAUAAAUUAUACUGGUGUGAUGCUCGUACAGACAAGAUAGAAAGAAUCGACCUUGAGAGUGGAGGGAACCGGGAGAUUGUGCUGUCAGGGAGCAAUGUGGAUAUGUUUUCAGUAGCAGUCUUUGGAGCUUACAUCUACUGGUCUGACAGAGCACAUGCUAAUGGCUCAAUCAGAAGAGGUCAUAAGAAUGAUGCCACAGAUGCUGUGACCAUGAGGACUGGCCUGGGAAUAAACCUAAAAGAAGUGAAAGUCUUUAACAGACAACGAGAAAAAGGUACUAAUGUUUGUGCCAAGAGCAAUGGUGGAUGUCAGCAACUUUGUCUGUAUCGAGGAAAUACACAGAGAACGUGUGCUUGUGCACAUGGCUAUCUUGGAGAGGAUGGAGUUACUUGUCUGAGACAUGAAGGUUACUUGCUGUAUUCAGGAAGGACGAUAUUAAAAAGUAUACAUCUUUCAGAUGAAACCAAUUUAAAUUCACCAGUAAGGCCAUAUGAAAAUCCAGACUACUUCAAAAAUGUGAUAGCAUUGGCUUUCGACUACAACCUGAGAGGAACGGGUACUAACCGUAUUUUCUUUAGUGAUGCACAUUUUGGAAAUAUACAACUUAUUAAAGACAACUGGGCUGGCAGAAAAGUGAUAAUUGAAAAUGUAGGUUCUGUGGAAGGACUUGCCUAUCAUAGAGCUUGGGAUACUCUCUAUUGGACCAGCUCUACUACAUCAUCUAUCACAAGACAUACAGUUGACCAGAAACGACGAGGAGCUUUCAACAGGGAAGCAGUAAUAACAAUGUGUGAAGAUGAUCAUCCACAUGUCUUAGCACUUGAUGAAUGCCAAAAUUUAAUGUUUUGGACUAACUGGAAUGAGCAGCAUCCAAGCAUCAUGAGAUCUACCCUUUCUGGGAAAAAUGCACAGGUUAUUAUCAGUACUGAUCUCCUCACACCAAAUGGACUUACCAUUGAUCACAGUGCAGAGAAACUCUACUUUUCAGAUGGCAGCCUGGGAAAAAUAGAGAGGUGUGAAUAUGAUGGGUCACAUAGAUAUGUAAUUGUCAAGUCUGGACCAGGCACUUUUCUUAGCCUGGCUGUAUAUAAUGGUUAUAUCUUUUGGUCAGACUGGGUGAGACGAUCUAUUCUUCGCUCCAAUAAAUAUACAGGAGGAGAUACAAAAGUUCUUCGAUCUGAUAUACCACAUCAGCCAAUGGGCAUCAUUGCUGUUGCCAAUGAUACUAACAAUUGUGAACUGUCUCCCUGUGCACAAAUGAAUGGAGGCUGUCAUGACUUGUGCCUUUUGACUCCUGAUGGUCGAGUGAACUGUUCAUGUAGGGGGGAUCGAAUGCUGAUAGAUGACAACAGAUGUGUGACUAAAAACUCCACAUGUAACAUUUACUCUGAGUUUGAAUGUGGAAAUGGUGAAUGCAUUGACUACCAACUAACCUGUGAUGGCGUUGCUCAUUGUAAGGACAAAUCGGAUGAAAAACUAUUUUAUUGCGAAAACAGAAGCUGUCGGAGAGGUUUUAGGCCUUGUUACAAUCACCGUUGUAUUUCAAACAACAAAAUGUGUGAUGGCACAAAUGACUGUGGUGACAACUCUGAUGAAUUGGACUGUAAAGAUUCAACCUGUGCUUCAACAGAAUUUCUCUGUGCAGAAGGGAUUUGCAUUGCAAAAUCAGCACAAUGCAACCAGGUCAUUGAUUGUGCAGAUGCUUCAGAUGAAAAGAAUUGCAAUAACACAGACUGCACUAAUUUCUAUAAGCUUGGAGUAAAAUCUACAGGGUUUAUUAGUUGUAAUUCUACUUCACUUUGUAUACUAUCAGAAUGGAUAUGUGAUGGAUCUAACGACUGUGGAGAUUUUACAGAUGAAUUAAAAUGCCCAGUUCGAAACAAGCCCACAUGUGCAGAAAAUUAUUUUGGAUGCCCUAGUGGAAGAUGUAUUCUGAACACAUGGCUGUGUGAUGGACAAAAAGAUUGUGAGGAUGGAAUUGAUGAAUUGCAUUGUGAUUCUUCUUGUUCAUGGAAUCAGUUUGCUUGCUCAGCACACAAAUGUAUCUCUAAGCAGUGGAUUUGUGAUGGUGAAGAUGACUGUGGAGAUGGCUUAGAUGAGAGUGAUGCUAUUUGUGGAUCGGUAACCUGUGCUGCAGACACAUUCAGUUGCCUAGGUUCCCAUGCCUGUGUCCCUCAACACUGGCUUUGUGAUGGUGAAAGGGACUGUCCUAAUGGAAGUGAUGAACUCUCUACAGCAGGCUGUGCUCCUAAUAAUACUUGUGAUGAGAACUCUUUCACAUGCCGUAAUAAAGUCUGCAUUCCCAAACAGUUUAUAUGCGAUCAUGAUGACGACUGUGGAGAUGGAUCUGAUGAGUCAUUGGAAUGUGGGUAUCGUCACUGUAAUCCUGGAGAAUUCAGUUGUGCUGAUGGAAGGUGUCUCUCAAAUUCUCAGUGGCAAUGUGAUGGGGACUUUGACUGCCCAGAUCAUUCUGAUGAAGCUCCUAUAAACAUAAAAUGCAAAAGUUCAGAACAGUCAUGCAACAGUUCUUUUUUCAAUUGCAAAAAUGGCAAGUGUAUUCCUCAAACAGAUGUCUGUGACAAUAAAGAGGAUUGUGGUGAUGGAUCUGAUGAGAGAAACUGCCAUAUCAAUGAAUGCUUGAGUAAGAAAGUCAGUGGCUGUUCUCAAGAUUGUCAGGAUUUUCCUGCUGGGUACAAGUGCAAAUGCUGGCCUGGAUUCUGGCUCAAGGAUGAUGGCAAAACAUGUGUAGACAUUGAUGAAUGUUCCUCUGGCUUCCCCUGUAGUCAGCAAUGCAUCAAUACAUAUGGAACUUACAAAUGCUUAUGUGCAGAUGGGUAUGAAACACAACCUGAUAACCUCAAUGGCUGUAAAUCUCUUUCAGAUGAGGAGCCUUUCUUAAUUCUGGCUGACCAUCAUGAAAUAAGAAAAAUUACCACUGAUGGAUCCAACUAUACUUCAUUGAAACAGGGGCUAAACAAUGUGAUUGCAAUAGACUUUGAUUAUAGAGAAGAGUUCAUCUAUUGGAUUGAUUCCAGCAGACCAAAUGGCAGCAGAAUAAACAGAAUGUCUUUGAAUGGAAGUGACAUAAAGGUAGUACAUAACACAGCUGUUCCCAAUGCGCUAGCUGUCGACUGGAUUGGAAAGAAUCUCUAUUGGUCUGAUGCAGAAAAAAGGAUUAUCGAAGUAUCAAAACUCAGUGGCUUAUACCCCACUGUUCUUGUGAAAAAAAUGGUGAAGUUUCCUAGAGAUCUAUCUUUAGAUCCUCAAGCUGGAUAUUUGUACUGGAUUGAUUGCUGUGAGUAUCCUCACAUUGGCCGGGUUGGAAUGGAUGGCACCAAUCAAACUGUUGUCAUAGAAACACAGAUCUCCAGACCAAUGGCUCUUACAAUAGAUUAUGUCAACAGUAGACUCUACUGGUCUGAUGAAAACCAUAUUGAGUUUGCUGACAUGGAUGGAUUUCAUAGACAUAAAGUCCCUAAUCAAGAUAUUCCAGGGGUGAUUGCACUAACAUUGUUUGAAGACUACAUCUACUGGACAGAUGGGAAAACCAAGUCACUGAGCCGUGCCCACAAAACCUCUGGAGCAGACAGAGUAUCACUGAUUAACUCAUGGCAUGCCAUAACAGAUAUCCAAGUGUAUCAUUCUUAUAGACAACCUGAUGUGUCUAAACAUUUGUGUAUGAUAAAUAAUGGUGGCUGCAGUCAUUUGUGUCUCUUAGCUCCUGGUAAAACAUACACUUGUGCCUGCCCCACUAAUUUUUACCUUGCUGCAGAUAACAAGACCUGCUUGUCAAACUGCACAGCCAGUCAGUUCCGUUGCAAAACUGAUAAAUGUAUUCCAUUCUGGUGGAAAUGUGAUACUGUAGAUGACUGUGGGGAUGGAUCGGAUGAACCUGAAGAAUGUCCUGAAUUUAAAUGUCAACCAGGACGUUUUCAGUGUGGAACUGGACUUUGUGCUCUGCCAGCCUUUAUCUGUGAUGGAGAAAAUGAUUGUGGGGACAAUUCUGAUGAACUCAACUGUGACACACAUGUCUGCCUGUCAGGUCAGUUCAAGUGUACAAAGAAUCAGAAAUGUAUUCCAAUAAAUCUAAGGUGCAAUGGACAAGAUGACUGUGGUGAUGAAGAAGAUGAAAGAGACUGUCCGGAAAACAGCUGUUCUCCAGACCAUUUCCAGUGUAAAACUACAAAGCACUGUAUUUCUAAACUGUGGGUAUGUGAUGAGGACCCGGACUGUGCUGAUGGAUCAGAUGAAGCAAACUGUGAUAAAAAGACUUGUGGGCCUCAUGAAUUCCAGUGCAAAAACAACAACUGUAUUCCAGAUCACUGGAGAUGCGACAGCCAAAAUGAUUGUGGUGAUAAUUCAGAUGAAGAAAACUGCAAGCCUCAAACCUGCACUUUGAAAGACUUUCUCUGCGCAAAUGGAGAUUGUGUUUCUGCGAGAUUCUGGUGUGACGGGGAUUAUGAUUGUGCAGAUGGCUCAGAUGAGCGAUACUGUGAACCUGGCUGCUCAAAAGACCAGUUCCAGUGUUCCAAUGGUCAAUGCAUAUCAGCUAAAUGGAAAUGUGAUGGUCACGAAGACUGCAAAUUUGGGGAUGAUGAGAAAAAUUGUGAACCAGCAUCUCCAACCUGCUCUUCAAGCGAGUAUGUGUGUGCCAGUGGAGGAUGUAUCUCAGCAUCUUUGAGGUGUAAUGGAGAAUUUGACUGUGCUGAUGGUUCUGAUGAGAUGGAUUGUGUAACAGAAUGUAAAGAAGAUCAGUUUCGAUGCAAAAAUAAGGCCCACUGUAUCCCCAUCAGAUGGCUAUGUGAUGGAAUCCAUGACUGUGUGGAUGGCAGCGAUGAAGACAACUGUGAAAGAGGGGGAAAUAUAUGUAAAGCCGAUGAGUUUCUGUGCAAAAAUUCACUUUGUAAACUCCAUUUUUGGGUGUGUGAUGGAGAAGAUGACUGUGGAGACAACUCAGAUGAAGUCCCUGAAAUGUGUGUCAAAUUUCCAUGCCCACCUACAAGACCCUACCGAUGUAGAAACAACAGGGUUUGUCUGCGACCUGAACAGAUUUGCAACGAGAUUGAUGACUGUGGUGAUAACUCAGAUGAAUAUCACUGUGAUAAGAUCCCAUAUAAAGCAAAACCUUGUAAAAAGGAUGAGUUCACUUGUAGUGAUAAGAAAUGUAUACCCAUGGAGCUGCAAUGUGAUCAGUUUGAUGACUGUGGAGAUGGUUCAGAUGAGCAAGGAUGCAAAAUAAGUCCCACUGAAUAUACCUGUGAAGCUGAUGUGAAUCCUUGUGGAGAUGAUGCAUACUGUAAUCAAACAAAAUCAUUCGUUUUCUGUCGGUGUAAGCCUGGAUUUCAGAGAAACAGAAGGAAUAGGCAGUGUGAAGAUAUCAAUGAAUGCAUGAUAUUUGGCACCUGUUCACAUCAAUGUACUAAUAUUAAAGGAUCAUACAAAUGUAUAUGUGAGAGAAAUUAUAAGGAAAAGAAUAACAGCUGCAUAGCAAAAGGCUCUGAAGAUCAAGUUCUCUACAUUGCUAAUGACACUGAUAUCCUGGGUUUUAUAUAUCCAUUCAACUACAGUGAUGUUCAUCAACAAAUUUCACAUGUUGAACAUAAUUCAAGGAUAACUGGGAUGGAUGUAUAUUAUCAAGGUGAUAUGAUUAUUUGGAGUACUCAGUUUAAUCCAGGAGGUAUUUUCUACAAAAAGCUCCACAGCAGAGAAAGAAGACAAAGUAAUAGUGGUUUGAUCUGUCCUGAAUUCAAAAGACCCAGAGAUAUUGCUGUUGACUGGAUUGCUGGAAAUAUUUACUGGACUGAUCAUUCUAGAAUGCAUUGGUUCAGUUAUUAUACAACUCACUGGACAAGUUUAAGAUACUCCAUCAAUGUAGGACAGUUGAAUGGACCAAACUGUACAAGGUUGCUUACAAAUACGGCAGGAGAACCAUAUGCAAUUGCUGUAAAUCCUAAAAAGGGGAUGAUGUAUUGGACAGUCAUUGGGGACCACUCUCACAUAGAAGAAGCAGCUAUGGAUGGUACUCUAAGAAGGAUAUUGGUACAGAAGAAUUUACAAAGACCUACAGGUCUUGUGGUUGAUCAGUUCAGUCAGCGUUUGUUCUGGGCUGAUUUUGAAUUAUCUGUUAUUGGCAGUGUUCUUUUUGAUGGCUCUGAUUCAGUAGUAUCUGUGAGCAGUAAACAAGGGUUGCUGCAUCCUCAUAGAAUUGACAUUUUUGAAGAUUACAUCUAUGGAGCAGGUCCUAAAACUAGUGCAUUUAGAGUACAAAAAUUUGGCUCGGGUUCUGUAGAAUAUCUGAAUUUGGAUGUUGAUAAAACAAAAAGUGCCUUGAUUUUCCAUCGCUACAAGCAAAUAGAUUCACCUAAUCCUUGCUUGGACUUGACAUGCGAGUUUCUCUGUUUACUCAACCCUUCUGGUGCAGCUUGUGCAUGUCCAGAAGGGAAAUCUCUGAUCAAUGGAACAUGCAGUGAUCUGAGUCUUUCAGAGGAUACAUGUAAACUGACUUGUGAAAAUGGAGGAAGAUGCAUUAUGAAUGAGAAGGGUGAUUUAAGAUGUCACUGUUGGCCCAGCUAUUCUGGAGAAAGAUGUGAAACCAACCACUGUUACAAUUACUGUCAAAAUGGAGGAACGUGUGUAGCCUCUGCUCUUGGGAGGCCUACAUGCAGCUGUGCGCUGGGUUUUACAGGACCAAACUGCAAUCAAACAGUUUGUGAUCAUUUUUGUCAAAAUGGAGGAACCUGCAGUGUCACUGCUGGAAAUCAGCCCUAUUGUCACUGCCUGACUGAGUACACUGGAGACAGAUGUCAAUACUAUGUAUGCCACCAUUAUUGUGUGAAUUCUGAAUCUUGUACCAUUGCUGAUGAUGGAAGUGUAGAAUGUGUCUGUCCUGUACAAUAUGAGGGUCCAAAAUGUGAAGUAGACAAGUGUGUAAGAUGCCAUGGUGGGCACUGCAUAAUAAACAAGGACAAUGAUGACAUAAUAUGCAACUGCACUAAUGGAAAGAUUGCUUCUAGCUGUCAAUUAUGUGAUGGCUACUGUUAUAAUGGUGGUGCAUGUCAGCUGGACCCAGAGACAAAUAUACCAGUCUGUCUAUGUUCAGCCAACUGGUCAGGCACACAGUGUGAGAGGCCAGCUCCCAAGAGCAGCAAGUCUGACAAUAUCAGUACAAGAAGCAUUGCAAUCAUUGUUCCUCUUGUUCUCUUGGUGACUUUGAUCACUACUCUGGUAAUUGGUCUACUUCUCUGUAAAAGAAAACGAAGGACAAAAACUAUCCGAAGACAACCAAUGAUAAAUGGAGGAAUCAAUGUAGAAAUUGGUAAUCCAUCAUACAAUAUGUAUGAGCUGGGCCAUAAUCACAAUGAAGGGGGAUUUUUAGAUCCAGAUUUCACAGUAAAUCCAGAAAAGGCCAGGUAUAUAGGGGGAGGGUCCACUGCAUUCAAGCUUCCCCACACAGCACCGCCAAUCUACCUAAACUCUGAUUUGAAAGGACCACUAACUGCAGGGCCAACAAAUUACUCCAAUCCAGUGUACGCAAAGUUAUAUAUGGAUGGGCAAAACUGUCGAAACUCAUUAGCAAGUGUUGAUGAAAGAAAAGAACUCCUUCCAAAGAAAAUAGAUAUUGGGAUAAGGGAGACUGUGGCAUAAUCCUCUGUUACCUUUUAUACUCUGUAUAAAUGUAUAAAAUAUAAGGAUUACUUUUCUAUGUACCCAACAGUAUUAUAAUUGUUUUGGCAUCAGCAUUACCUCUGUUUUUUUGUUUGGUUGAUUGUUUUCUGGGUUUUUCUUUUGCUGAUGACUUUUGACUGACCAUUUGUAACGUAUUUUUAUGAAAAUGAAACUGCACUACAGUACAAUUUACAACAAUGCUGCUGAUACACCUUUGAAUUUGUUAAAAUUAAAAAAAAACAUUUGUUUGUAGUGUGAAUAUGAGCAAUCUAUUUUGUAUGAACUUUUUUGGUUCUACUUAAUCAAUGAAGAUGAUAUCUGCACCUUUUGAUUAUAUAGUCUGAAAGCUGUAGUACAGUGUGUAAUUUUGUUUGUUUUAAAUGGUGAAAGAAUGAUUGAAUGGUCUACUCUCUUUGUGCCCAUUAGAAUUUUACUCCAGAUCCUGUUAAAAGUAGAUCACUUUUCUUCACGAAUCAAACAUAACUUGCUUUUAAAUUUAGUGUUAGGUUGCCAAGAAGUAAACAAGACUACAGAAUCAAAACAUCUAACGAUCUGCAUGAACACAAAUGAGUGUUUCAGAAAUUCAGUGAUUGUACAUGAUAUACUAAACAUAUAUACCAUGUAAACAACCUUGUAUUUAGUAAAACCUUAUAAACCAUAGAACUAUAUCUUGAAAGUUGAAAGACCUUACUUGCUAUGGGACAAGGCCUAUGAACUCCAGCAGUCCUGUAGUACAGUAGCCACCCUAGAGCACAAGAGGGCAUUGCCUACACAUGUAUUAUAUGUUUAUUCACUCAAUCACAUGCAAUAUUUGUGGGUGAUCAAUCCCUUAUCACACACCAAGCAGUAGAAUAAAAAUAAAAUGUAAGCACACACAUUGAUAACAGUAUUCUGAUUUACCCAGUAAGAAAAAAAAAUCAUCCUUGCCCAGAUAUAUUAAAAUCAAAAAUAGCAGUUUAUACUAAUGAUGAUAGUCUAUGAUACCGCUGAUCCAUAUUAUAUAUUAGUGAAACGUAUUUCAGACCAAUUGUGAAUUAAUUUUAAUACUUUUGGAUUAAAUGUCAAAACCCAUUAUCAAAAGUGGAGAGCAUCAAUGUAAUUGGUUUCCAGUACUUUCUCUGGUACUGGUUUAUUUUAUGUAGUUGUGAAGAAUAAAAACAAAAAAAAAUUCCACUUGCCUUUUUUAAUUUUGACAGAAAUAAGUAGUACGAUUUCUUUAAGUUGUAAAACGAACUGAAAUAUUUUAUACAUAUCUUUAAAGGCACAAAAUACUUAUGUACACACAUACUGUGGAGGGCUUUUUGUUCCUCUGCUAAACAUGAUUGACUUUUACCUGUCAUAAUAUAUUAACCUAACAGAUUAAAUAUGUUUGUGGUUGCUCUUUAUUCCCUUUGUACAAGUAUUACAAAAAAUAACUGCUGUUUUAUAAAAGAUUUUUGUUGUACUAUGUGCAUGCAUACUACCUAUUUCUAAACUUUGCCAUAUUGAGGCCUUUAUAAACUCUUGAUUUGUGUAAUACUAGUGCAGGUUUGCUUGAAACAAUGUUAUGCAUAUCAUAAACUUUUUCAGGUUCUUGUUUAAGUACAUUUUUUAAAUUGAACAGUAUUUUUCAUUUUGGUUAUAAUAGUCAUUU